AUGUAUCAAUCUCCGACACCUGCUGACAGGUCGGAAGAGGAUCCCCAGAAACAUAGGAAGCGUAUUUCAAGGGCCUGCGAUUCAUGUUACAAAAGAAAGAUAAAAUGUGAUGCCGCCGUGCCUCAGUGUAAUUGGUGCAGCCAUCAUGACAUCCCGUGCACCUUCAAUAGGGUCAUUACUCGGAAGCGGAAAGCCAAGACUGAUGCAAAAGGAGAGAAAGAGACGACUGGGUUGGCGGAGCGUAUUGAGCGUAUAGAAAAGUUCCUUACGGAAAACCUUCUGAAAGAGCCCAGUCAGUAUGCUGGUUUAACGCCUAAUCUCCAUCUACUAACAUACGCAGCUCCUUCUGCAACACCACCUAGUGUGAAUCAUCAUGAGUCCCCUAUAGAAUCGCAUCCUUCGAGUUACACUCACGACUUUUCGAGAGAAUCGUCGACCUUCAAUGAGAAGUCAGGUUCUUCUUCGGUGCCUCUGCAUUUCGCAGGUCGUGAGUUAGGAUGCAUCAACUUGUUCACGGGCAUCCCCUUGUUACUCCCAGAGGGCAAGCAAUGGGUCCAGUCACGGACUGGACAGAACAUCUCGCUCAGCAAAUUAGUCACUUCUAACAAGCCACCAUGGGAAAGACAGCGGGCGUUAGCAUCCAAUGCGCUGGUGAUGAACCCCCAUCCCGAAAGCGCAUUCGAGCUGCCUGAUCGAACCCUCAUAGACACAUACUUCAGACUGUUCUGCAUAUCGUUUGUCAGGCGUAUAUUUCCAGUUGUGGACCCCAUUCUGUUCAAAGAAACUAUCGAAAAUGCUUAUCAGCAACCACGAACGAGGCUUCCUUAUGGGAAAGUGAGCACCAGGGCAUGUGUGCUUGCCUUUGCUGCGUUUAUCUCUCUAGUACCACCUCUUGAGUUUGAGACUGAAUUUCGAAAACUUGCCCCUCUCAACAGUGAGGCCUAUUUCACGAGAGCACAAUGUCUGGUGCCCCAGGUUUUGCAAGAGUCUGCCUCGGUGGAGGGACUGCAGGUGGUAUCCAUGAUGCUGCAGAUGCGUUCUCGUGCGCUGACGCCAUUGUCAGCCAGCUACUACGGUUCGAUUGCAGCACGCAUGAUAUUCUUAUUGGGUGGACACACUACUAGUUCAAUGACAGAAGACCCGGAGACGUCGCAAAACGAGAUUGCCAUGAGAUCGCAGAGACAAAUUCGAUAUCUCUUCUGGCUUGGUUACACCAUCGAAAAGGAUGUGUCUCUCCGGACUGGACAGCCCCAGCUCUUCACGGAAGAUAACUGCGACUUGACAAUACCGGCCACUUAUAGCGAGAAUCUAUUCAAAUUCCCGAUCGACUGUCGGCAGAUACCUCCAGAAGACAUGCCAGAAGACCCAGUCUAUCCAGUGGAUAUCCGUCUGAGUAUAAUCAAGGCUCGAGCCUACAACGCCCUUUACUCUUUCAAAGGCCUGAAGAAAACGGACGCCGAGAUUUUGAAGGAAAUUCGCGAACUGGACGACGAGCUCGAGAAAUGGAGACUAUCGAUACCUCUAGCAUGGCGACCUACAUUGUCCUUCGUCAAAGAGACCCCCGACCCGAAUGCCAACAUGCAUUCAGUCAUAUUACGACUAAACUAUCAUCUCUGCAUGACAAUCAUUCACCAAGCCAGUGGCAGAUGCAGGGACUGGUCUAAAGAAGAAGGUGGGAUCAUGCAUGGCGUAAACUCCAGCUUAGCUCUGUCCGUCGAAGCCAGUCGUUCAACACUACUCUAUCUCCAAGCAUCAGAACACGUCCUGAUCGACGGUAUAUUCUGGACCCUCAUUUUCUACCCCAUGUCCGCCCUUCUAGCCAUAUUCUGCAACAUCCUCCAAAACCCCUCCGAUCCCCAGGCCACCAAAGAUCUUGGCCUGCUCAAAACGGCAAUGAGCAUGCUGGAAAGGAUCUUCCUGCGCCAACCGUCCUCGGUCAAUGAGAUCGUUCAUAUCAAGAUGAUUGCUGAUUAUGUGUCUGAGUUGUAUAGACUGGCUAGCUGUGCUAUUGAAAAAGCGUGGUAUGAGCGUUCUGGUUAA